AUGGCAGCAAACUCAAGCACUAACACACCUCUUUUUGACUGCCCGUCAUGGGCAGGGAAACCUCCCCCUGGACUCCAUCUAGAUGUGGUGAAGGGAGACAAGCUAGUAGAGAAGCUUAUCAUUGAUGAGAAGAAAUACUACCUGUUUGGGCGCAAUCCAGACGUGUGUGACUUUACCAUAGACCACCAGUCGUGUUCUCGUGUCCACUCAGCCCUGGUGUACCACAGACACCUCAAGAGGGUUUUCCUGAUCGACCUCAACAGCACUCAUGGUACGUUUCUCGGUCGUAUCCGUCUGGAGCCCCACAAGCCCCAGCAGGUGCCCAUCGACUCCACCAUGUCGUUCGGGGCGUCCACACGUGUCUACACCCUGAGAGAGAAGCCCCAGACCCAGACCAGCAUCAUACCUGGGGGAGAGGUGAAGGCAGGGGAGGAUGAGGAGCUCAAAGGACUACUGGGUCUACCUGAGGAGGAGACCGAGCUGGAGAACCUGACAGAGUUCAACACGGCCCACAACAAGCGUAUCUCCACCCUGACCAUCGAGGAUGGAAACCUGGACAUCGUGAGGCCCAAGAGGAAGAGGAGGAGCAGCAGGGUCUCCUUCAGCGAGGAGGAGGAGGUCAUCAACCCAGAGGACGUGGACCCGUCAGUAGGACGCUUCAGGAACAUGGUACAGACUGCUGUUGUCCCUAUCAAGAAGAGGAAGAUGGAGGGCCAUGCUACACUAGGUCUGGAGGACUCUGUGGCCAGACGCAUGCAGAACUUCCCCUUCAGUGGAGGGCUCUAUGGAGACCUCCCACCCACCAGUGGAGAGGCCAGCUCCCUCCCCAUCGCGGCCCAGGGUGGAGCUACUAUCCUGGGGGGCCUGCCGCUGGUCUUCCCAAACCCUGCUCCAGAGGUGGACCUCUCCCCUACCUCAGCCUCAGCACAGCCCUCCGUCACCCUCAACCCUGCUGCUAACCCCGCCCCUGGACCCUACACUGCCGAGGCUCUUAACGAACCACGCAAGAAGAAAUACGCCAAGGAGGCGUGGCCAGGGAAGAAGCCCACGCCUUCUCUUCUUAUAUAGGUUGUAUUCAAAAUGGCACCCUAUUUCCCUUAGUCCACUGCUGGCUAAAAGUAAUGCACUAUAUAGGGAAUAGGGUGCCAUUUCAAAUUUGCACAUAGCACCUCCCUGGACAAUGUAAUGGGAGGGGUUAGUAUUAGUUAGGGGAGUGGUCACGUCUCUGGACAACCAAUCAAUCAAGACUUCCUGUACUGUACAAGCUGUGAAAAACUGAUAUAUAGGCAUCCAUGAUAUAGGGAGAUGUUUGUAAAAAAUAAUAUAUUAUUUUGGUUUGGAUGUUUUUUUUGUUUGUUUUUUGUCUGUCUGCUUCAUACGUAAA